GCGAAAAAAAUAGAAACGAAAAGAAAAGAUGGCAACCUUCACUUACCACGUAGAAACGGUUCAGUCAUGGCUAGCCCUAAGCAGAGUUCACAUAGUGAUCCACUUAGUGGCAGUGUUGUCUCUGUGUUACUACCGCAUAAGCCACUUGCUCCGGGAACCGCCGACUGCAGCAUGGCUUCUCAUGACGGUGGCGGAGCUCAUUCUGGCCAUGCUGUGGUUCUUCAACCAAGCCUUCCGGUGGCGCCCGGUGUCGCGGGCGGUCAUGCCGGAGAAGUUGCCGAGGGAGGACCACUUGCCGGGGCUUGACAUCUUUGUGUGCACGCUCGACCCCGAAAAGGAGCCAACCGAGGAGGUGAUGGACACGGUUGUUUCCGCCAUGGCCAUGGACUAUCCCUCUGAUAAGCUUGCCGUGUAUCUUUCGGACGACGGUGGGUGCCCGGUGACGCUGUAUGCCAUGAAAGAGGCUUCUGAGUUCGCUAAGGAGUGGCUUCCUUUCUGCAGAAAGUAUGGAGUCAAGUCGAGAUGUCCCAAGGUCUUCUUCUCUCCCAUGGGAGACCAUGAACAACUUCUUCGUGACGAUGGAUUCAUGGCUCAAAGAGAACUCAUCAAGGGUAAAUAUGAGAAAAUGCAGAAAAAUAUCGACAAAUUUGGUUCGGACCCCCAAAAUCGUCGUAUUGUUAGUGACAGACCUCCUCGUAUUGAGAUUAUAAAUGACCAACCGGGAAUGCCACGUGUUGUUUAUGUGUCUCGCGAAAGAAGGCCAUCCCUUCCACACAAAUUCAAAGGAGGAGCCCUCAACACAUUGCUCAGAGUUUCGGGCUUAAUCAGUAACGGACCUUAUGUUCUAGCAGUGGAUUGUGAUAUGUAUUGCAAUGAUCCAACCUCUGCCAAACAAGCCAUGUGCUUCUUUCUUGAUCCUGAAACCUCUAAGUACAUAGCAUUUGUUCAAUUCCCUCAAAUGUUUCACAACCUUAGCAAAAAAGACAUCUAUGAUAAUCAAUCUAGAACUGCAUUCAAGACAAUGUGGCAAGGCAUGGAUGGACUAAGAGGUCCUGGUCUUUCUGGCAGCGGCAAUUACUUGAGUAGAAGUGCUUUACUAUUUGGAAGUCCAAACCAAAAAGAUGACUAUCUGCUAGAUGCAGAAAAGUACUUUGGAAACUCUACCGCAUACACUGAAUCACUGAAGGCCAUCCGUGGACAGAAAACUACCAAAAAGAAUAUUUCAAGAGAUGAAAUGUUAAGAGAAGCUCAAGUAGUGGCCUCUUGCUCCUACGAGACAAACACAAAUUGGGGCACAGAGGUUGGAUUCUCAUAUGGCAUCUUACUAGAAAGUACUAUCACUGGUUAUCUUUUGCACUGCAGAGGAUGGAAAUCAGCAUAUCUUUAUCCAAAGACGCCAUGUUUCUUAGGGUGUGCCCCCACUGACAUCAAGGAAGGCAUGCUUCAGUUGGUUAAGUGGUUGUCUGAACUUUGCUUGCUUGGUGUCUCCAAGUACAGCCCUUUCACUUAUGGAUUUUCAAGAAUGUCCAUAUUUCAUACCUUCACUUAUUGCUUCUUGACAACCUCAUCCUUGUAUGCUAUUGUCUUCAUCCUUUAUGGCAUUGUUCCUCAAGUAUGCUUCCUCAAAGGAAUCCCUGUCUUUCCAAAGGUCACAGACCCUUGGUUUGCAGUGUUUGCAUUUGUGUAUGUAUCCACUCAGAUUCAGCAUUUGAUUGAGGUGCUUUCUGGGGAUGGCUCUGUCGCAAUGUGGUGGGAUGAACAAAGAAUUUGGAUUCUGAAGUCAGUUACCAGUGUAUUUGCAAUUAUAGAUGGAAUCAAGAAGUGGUUGGGGUUAAACAAGGUAAAAUUCAACUUGUCAAACAAAGCCAUUGACAAAGAGAAGCUCAAAAAAUAUGAGCAAGGUAGGUUCGAUUUCCAAGGUGCAGCUGUGUUCAUGGCUCCAUUGGUUCUAUUACUAUUGGCCAACAUUGUUAGCUUCUUUGGUGGUAUAUGGAGACUAUUCAAUGUAAAGGAUUUUGAAGAAAUGUUUGGUCAACUUUUCCUAGUCACUUAUGUAAUGGUUCUCAGUUAUCCCAUUAUUGAGGGAAUAAUAACUAUGAAAAGCAAGAGUGGGUAGUGAAUUUUGGUCAUAAAUAAUCAGGCUCGUUCAAGAGUCUAAAUUGCUUUUGUAUCUCUGGAUGAAAUAGCUUGAUGUCAUAUUGUUCCAUCAGUUUAGAUUAAUCUAAUGGUUUCUUUGCACAA